AUCGGGGUCCAAGUCACACAAACCGACUAAAGUGAUCGGUUUUUUUAGAAUUAAAAGUUGGUAACUAUAGAAAUAUGAAAAAAGAAGAACCAGCCAACGUGGAGACCGGAUUGGUCAUUAAACAAAACAAGUCGAUGAACUGUUCAAGAGUAUUAAAUCUUAUGGUUUUAUUUGGAUUUAUGGUCAAUUAUAUGCUACGAGUAAACUUCACAAUAGCCAUUGUAGACAUGGUACCGAACCAUAAACAAAAUGUCUCAAUAGAACAAGCCACUAAUUUUUCAUUACCAUUAAAUGAAACAAAUACCACCGUGAGUUUGACAUAUUCCAAUCCACCUAAUGCUGUGAAAUUUAAUUGGUCCGAGUACGAACAAAAUAUGAUAUUGGGCAGUUUUUUUUGGGGCUAUGUUCUUACGGAAUUGCCAGGUGGUCGUUUAGCGGAAAUGAUUGGAGCACGACCGGUUUUCGGCUACUCUAUGUUGCUAGCGUCUAUGGUUACCUUAUUGACACCUAUGGCUGCAAAAAUCAGCAUAUAUUGCCUAAUUUUUUGCCGAGUAUUUUUAGGAUUUACUUUAGGAGUUACAUGGCCGGCUAUAUUACCAAUUGCUGCUAAUUGGAUUCCACCAAAUGAACGCAGCAAGUUCAUGUCCAACAUGAUGGCUUCUACUUUAGGCGCAGCUAUUACAUUGCCAGUUUGCGGUAUACUAAUUUCUGCAUGGGGAUGGGAAUCGGCAUUUUAUAUCACUGGACUAGUAGGUCUUGCAUGGUCUGUAUUGUGGUUUAAUUUAGUUUUUGAAACACCUGCCGAUCAUCCUAGAAUAACCGAAUACGAAAGAAAUUAUAUUGAAACAGAAAUAGCUAAGCAAAGCAAACCUGGUACAAAGCCAAAAAAACUGCCAUGGAUAAAAAUAUUGACGUCAUUACCUGUAUGGUCCAUAGUUAUUACACACGGAGCUAGUGUGUUUGGUUAUUUUACUAUUGUUAAUCAGUUACCUACUUAUAUGAAAUAUUUACUUCAUUAUGACAUUAAAUCGAAUGGUUUCCUAUCUAGUCUUCCUUAUUUGGGCAAAUAUUUAAUGGCAUUGUUAGCUGGAAUAAUUGCUGAUCGUUUACUUAAUUCUGAGAAAAUAUCAAAGACAAUGACUAGAAAAAUCUUUACAUUUAUCGGAGUAUUUACGCCAGGUCUUUUGAUGAUCUUACAAGUGUAUCUUGGAGAUAAUCAAGUGUGGUCGGUAAUAAUAUUUACUAUUGCAUUGACGAUGAACGGAGCUGUAACAGGUGGUUAUCUUGGAAAUGGUCUGGACAUAGCUCCAAAUUUUUCUGGCACAAUAUUUGGAAUGGCGAACACAUUGUCUUCGUUUGGAGGGACCUUGUCAUCGUACAUAGUGGGAAAACUAACGAAUAACAAUCAAACAUUUGAGCAAUGGUGUAUUGUAUUUUGGAUUUUGGCUGUAACAUACAUGUGUGGCGCUAUGGUAUUUUUAAUAUUUGGAACAGCGAAAACGUUAUCGUGGAAUUCGGGACCCAGCGCAGAAAAAUCAAAUGGUGUUUCAUCAAGCGAAUUGGAAGUGAUGAACCCGUUGAAAACUUCAUCAAAUUCUCAAUGAUUUAACGAAAAACGAGUUUUGGAACAAAGACAAAACUAUAUAAAAUGACCACUGUUAUUUAAUGUAUAGAUUACAAUUUUUCUUUUUAAACAAUGUACAAAGUUA